AGUGAAUUAAUUGCUUUUGGUCGACUUUCGAACCUGCGAUGAAAAUCUCUACACACACACACAACAUCUUACUCUGUGAAGUCUUUUUUUCUAGCGACAGAUGCUUCAGCAGUACAUCCUGAGCUUUCAAUCCGACAAACAUAUUGUCUUUAAACCUCAAAUUUCUGCCGUUCGCAAUGAUGACUUCCGAGCAAUCCCAAGAGUUUCUGGAGCGAUAUAAGCACCUGGAAGCUAUUGAAUUAGAAAAGAACCAAUUGAUUGAGGACCUCUUACGGAGGCUAUCAGAGGUGGAAGGCGCAUACCAGCGCGAGAAGCUGGAUCGUGAGCGAGAGACACGCUUCAAUCGUGAUAUCCAGAUCCAUGAGAUGGAGCUGAUGGAGCAGAUCUCGCAAGUCAAGAACAUCAUGGAUCGCGAACCCUUCAUAAUUGUACUUUUAAAUGGCGACAGUAUAAUAUUUAACGAGACAUAUCUUCAACAAGGGGAGAUUGGUGGACGCAAGGCAGCGCAGCAGCUGUGGGAUACCCUCCAGGACUAUAUUAUUGAAAACUUCUCCGGCACUCUACAACCAAAGAUAAUGGUUAGACUAUACACAAAUGUUAAAUUACUUAAAGAGCUGUGUGAGAAGGCAGGUAUUGUUGAUGACCCGGCUCAGAUCGACAGUUUUAUAGAAGGGUUUAAUACCAGCAAGGCUCUAUUUGACAUUGUGAAUACUGGGAGUGAUCGAGAUCAAGCAGAUAAGAAAAUUACAGAAAUCUUUAGACUUCAUCUUUAUAAUUGUCAUUGCCAUCAGAUCCUCAUUGGAUGCUCUCAAGGCCCUGAAUGCGCCCAGGUCCUACAUGAGAUUCAGAUGACACGAGAGCUGGCGGGUCGUAUCUCACUGAUUGAGGGCACCCCGUUCGAACAGGACUUGGAAGCCAUUAGAUCUGCAUACAGAGUCAUGCGGUUUCAAGAUCUGUUCCGUGAUUCCAAAAUAACACCUGCUGCCGGGCCCUGGAAAGCCCCAGUAGCACAGGCACCCCAGCCUAUUCCCACGCCCUCCCCGAGCGUGGGUCUAUCGGUCCUCACAAGAACACCCACAAAUACGACAACGGCGUCCUCAAAUACUAGUGCCCCUGCCGUAUCUGCUAUUGUUGCAGCAAACGCCCCGAAACCCAAGCCUACCAAUGAACAGACCGUACUCUCGAAACCAACUACAGCUACUGAGAUUGAGGUGCAACAACUGAAGACCAUACCGCGCAACCGAUAUGGCCAACGGAUCGACAAAUUUGAAUUCAAAAAUAUUCCGCGCGACGAGAUCAACCGGAUCAAGAAAAUGAAACUCUGCAACUCCCAUUUCUUGCUUGGCGGGUGCUCGAGUGACAACUGCUACCAUAACCAUAAAUACAAAUUGAGCAAGAAGGAGGCCCAUAUCUUGCAAGCCAUAGCCCACAUGACGCCCUGCCGCUUCGGCUCGGAAUGUGAUGACCUCGACUGCAUAUACGGACAUCGCUGUCCCUACGGCCAGCCAGGCAAGAAGGACUGCUUCUAUGGAUCGAAUUGCCGCUUCACCGCGGCACAGCAUGGCAUUGAUACCAACGUCGUCAAACUGACCAAGGUGUAGAUAUACCCUUGUCUUCUUGCCUUGUUCAUACGCUUUGAUAUACGCCAUUUCUAGCUGUUCUCCUCCACAUAAUGAUACUGGCGACACAAUUCUGGAUUUGACAUAUUUUAAACUUUUCCAGAAAAAAGGAAGACUUCAUCUUAGCCGUUUACCAUAACGACUUGUCAUUUGGGCAACCUUUUGAUCAUAUUCUAAUCUCUGAAUCUUUUUUUUUGGACAUAAAAUCCGCUUUUCAUGAAGAUAUUCGGGCUUCCACUUUCAUCAAUAUAUAUGAUACAUGGAUCAAAUGGGAGGGAUUAUGAACAAUUACUCAAAUUGAUGUAUUCAAAAGUCUUAAUAAAAUAAUAAUAACAACCUUGAAUAU